AUGGAAAACGAACAAGAGCUAGUUGGAAUCAUUGGAGAGCUGAUCGAACCUAACACUCAAAAUGAAAGGAGACAGAAAAUAGAAAGCAUGAUAACCGUGUCUAUGAUCGAAGAAGUACCGGAAAACUUGAUCACUCAACUCAUUUCGAUCGCAAUUCAAAACAGGUAUCCAUCUGAAGUUCGAAUGCAAGCUUUGGUCUUGAUCAGAAAGUUGAUGUUCAAAUCAAGUACUGAAACACCUGAAUUGAAAGCAUGGGAUCGAAUUAGAAAAUUAAAGCAAGAUGAAAUUUUGAGAACACUCUUAGAAUGUUUGUUGAGAUUCAAUGAGAGUAAUGAGGAUGUGAUCUCCACACAUCUCUGUCAUACUAUAUCAGAUGUAGCUCAUGAACUCUACAAUAAGCAAGAACACUGGCAGGAUUUACAAAACCUCAUUCUCGAACCGCCCGUCGGACUCCCUCUGAAAAUUAGAAAUGGAUUAUUGGGGAUUUAUUCAAAUUCGCCCCAAAUCAUCGAAGAUUCGGAUGAGAACUUAGUCAAAGUCUUUAGUCUCAUCUCUCAAGCUAUCCAUCAAGACCAAUCCAUUGAAUUUAGAUUAAGCGGGCUGGAUGCUUCUACCUCAACUCUUUCGUAUCUUGAGGCGAGCGAUCAUCCAUUUCUCGCAUCUCGAACGCUCAUCGAUCAGCCACUUUAUCCGAUCUUGAGAUCUAUCAUGAAUGAAAUUUAUUUUACUCUAUUGGAACCAUUAGUCAACAAUGUAUCCAUGGGAAUGAACCCUGAUGAUGACGAUACUUUGAACAAGAUUUUAAACUCACUUGCAGAAUUGAUUUCGCUGGAAGCUAUCACCAAGAUCAUCAUCCACUGCAAACAAACCCAUCAAUGGUUGAAUCCAUUUUUCAAAUUAGCUUCCAACACUCACGCUUCAAUUCAAACUCGCUCCAACGCCAUUGAAUCCUAUCUAAAUUUCAUAGACACUGCAGUCGCAAUUCAAUCACCACUAUCAGAAGAACAAAAAGCAUCAUCAACAAUACCGUACGACGAUGAGUCGGAAUAUAUCAAAUCAUUCUACAACUUGUUAUUGUCUGUCAUGUCCGAGGUACAUCAGCCAACUCCAGAGUGGUUAAACAAAAGUGAAGAUAAUGAAGAAAAUGGUGAAGAUGAAGAAGACCUGCAGCUUUGGGUGAUAGCCGAACAAGACCUGGAUAGAUUAAUCAAUCUUAUUGGCCCUUCUCCUGAACUGAUCUUACCCAUCAUGAGAUUUGAUCAUCUUCAGUCAUCCAAUCACUCAACAUCGUGGCAAGAGAUCCACGCAACUCUCUCUGCUAUCGGUGCUUUAGCUGAUUCAUACCAAUCAUUCUUCUCACAACAUAUCCAUCGAACCUAUCACUUCAUCAAUUUUGGUCUUGUCAACUUGAACCCUAGAGUGGUUCAUGCUGCGAUCUAUGCACUUGCUCAACUAUCUUCAAGCUUGAAUGGAACCCUUCAAUCUACUGUUGGUCAUCAAGUUUUAGAAACGCUAUCUCAAACAACUCUAAAUCCCAAUCAAUCCAUUCGGAUCAGAGCUUAUGGUGCGAUGUGUAUCGUAAAUUAUCUCACCGGAAUGGACAACUUGGAUCCGAUUCCUAUUCAAACAACAAAUCCACUUCGUUCACUCCUAUCUAUGACUCUAUCGCAUCAACCCACCUCUCUAAGAAGAGCUGGAUUAGAUGCCCUCUCAAGACUUUGGUCACAUCUGGAUUUACAACUUCUCUUGGUAUCAUAUGAACAAGAAGCGUUGGGAAAACAGCUCGAGAUGAUAGCCGACGAGGUCUUGAAUAGUGAAUUGGAUCACCAAACGAGUCGACUCGAGGAAAGAGUGUACAAUUGUUUAGCUUAUCUUGCUAAUGCACUUGGGGAAGAAAGGUUUUCAUCUGAUUCAACCGGCUGGAUUCAAAGAUCAAUCGCUGCUAUAAAUCGAAGAACAGAAGAAAAGAUCGAACUUCUCGUGUCCUUGUGUUACUUAUCAAAAUCUAUUCAACCUACUCAGAUCCAACAAUAUCUAAAUUGGUUGAUUGAGAAUCUGAUGAAAUAUGUGACCGAGAAACCGGAACUUUCAAUGAGUGAAUUGGACGAUGAUCAUGAUCAUCAUCACGAUCAAGAAUGGCAAUCGGUGAUGAUCGGAGACAGACCGUUUGGAAUCAAGACUUCAGCUCUAGAAGAGAAAAUAGGAGCACUGGAAGGGUUGUUGAUCAUGAUCGAACGAAGUCAUUCCCAAUUGAUCAAUCACUUUGAAGUGAUUGCAGGAGGUGUUUUACCGCUCCUGAAGUUUUAUUUCAACGAUGAUGUUCGAGAGGCGGCUUUACUGAUCCUACCAGCAAUCCUGCGUGGUGCAAAAGCUUCAAAUGUCUCAGAAACACAACUCAAGGUCAUUGGACAUACAUUUGCGAAAUCGAUCUCAGAGAUCCUAUCACAUGAACCUCAUCCUUCUACCCUAUUACCAUCCUUACUUUCAACUUGGACCGAGAUAUAUGACUUGAUCCGACCGAUUUUUGCAUUAUCGAAUCGAUUCUUAGAGAUAUGUGACAGUUUGUUGGAAAGAUUUGCCGAAGAAGUACAAUUGAUAGAAGAUGGUAGUGGAGAAACGAAUGUCGAUCAAGAAGAGAUCAUGAUGACUACUUUGAGUGAUAUGUCUAGAUCAUUAAGAGGUUUAGUAAUUGAAGGCAUCGAUUCAAAAUGGAAUAAGAUCAUUGGUUUUGUUCAUCUUUAUGCUAAAGUUGCAGAAAAUGGUGAAGCAGAGGAUGAUCCUAAGUUAGGAUUGAGAAGAUGGGCUUUUAGAAUGGUGGCUGGGUUUGUGCAAGGUAUGGAAGAUGGCGGAAUGUGUUGGGAAUUAGUUUUGGGACCGGUGGCAGGCGAAGUACAGAAGGCAUUUUCAGAUCCAGAUGCUUGUAUUCGAGGUCUUGCUCCGUUUAUAAUUGGACUUUGUGCUCAACAUUCAGAUUCGAAUCCAGUUUUUGGAACCUUUAUUCAAAACCAAAUAGAAAAUCUCAUCAGUCUACGAUUUUUUGGAUUUCUUUUGACAGGUUCUUUAAGUUUACUGAUUGAAGGAAUGAAAGUUCAAAGCGUUUCUUUAGAAGAAGAAGAAAUGGCGAUUAAGAUUGCAAGAGAGAAUUGUGUUUCAGCUUUGGCUAAGAUCAUUAGGAAUCCAAUUGAGAGUCUUAAACCUGAUGAUUUAGAUCAAAUGUUAGAGAUUUGGGUCUUGAAUGGUUUACCAAUCGAAGUAGAUAUCGAAGAGAUCGAACCAACGUAUGGACUACUCUUGGAACUUAUUGCUCGUGAACAUCCAAGUAUUGAUCCAAUUGAUAGAUCAGAAACCGUAGUGAAAGGCUUAUUAAGUGCAUUGAAGAAUCCAAAAGUACCAAAUGGAUUUAAAGAUCCAUUAUUAGUUGGACUUAGAACUUAUUGUUCUAGGUUUCUUCAAUCUGAUCAAAUUCAAAGUACAGGUGAACUAUGGGAAGAAGUGAAAAGAUUGAUUUGA